GUUUAUUAAAAAUUAAUGAAAAGAAUAUUACAUCUCUUUCCAGGCUAAGGCAUUUAAAAAGUUGGUAUGCAUGCAUCCCUUGAUACAAAUCAAUAUUUGAAUCUAGUUAAACAUGUACCAGGUUUAUAAUAAUCAAUUGAAUAAGGACCAUAAGCAAUACUUAAUUAAACUGAAUUUACAUAACCAGCCAUUUUUAUCUGUUCCUACCUUCGAUAUUAAUCAAUUCCUGAUGCACAAAUACAAUAUGCUAUAGGUCAUUCUGUUGGUGAAUAUGCUGCCUUAGCUAUUGCAGGUCAUUUAGAUCCUUAAGAUACUGUCUAAUUAUUAUAUAAAAGAGGAUGUAUUAUGAGAGAUUGUUCUAAAGGAAGAUAAAUGGGUAUGUUAGCUGUAGCUAGUACAUAAGAUUUCAAUUCAAUCAUUAAAAAAGUUCUACUUGUAAAUUAAAUCAUCGAACCUGCACUCUAUAAUUCUUAAAAUUAAUUAGUUUAUUCUGGGGAUAAAGAAUCAUUAAAAUUAAUGCAAAAUGAAUUAAAAAAAAUCAAGGUUAACUCCUUAUUCUUAGAAGUCUCAGCUGCUUUUCAUUGUUCAUUAUUAUCUAAAGGUAAAUGGGAGUUUGAAAAAGAACUCUAAAAAUAUGUUACUUUUAAUCCAUCAACCAAUAUUCAAAUUAUUAGAAACAUUGAUGCUACCAUUUAUUAAAAUAAAGAAUAAAUUAUAGAAGGCUUAAGAGAUUAAUUAGAUCAUCCAGUUAUGUUCUAAUAAAGUUAUCAGAAAAUUAAAGAUUUAAAUUUACAAUGCAUUGAAUAUGGAAGUAAUAUAUUAACCAAGCUUUUAAAUUGA